UUCAUUUCGAUUUAAAACCUCUCUAGGGUUUAAGACUUCAAAGAUCUCCUACGUAGUCUGGUGCUCUUCUCUCUCCUCCUCACAAGAAGGCCUAACCGCCCAAAGAUGUCAGUCUACCGCCUUAUCCGCCGUUCCACUGCCGCCGCUGCCACCACCAAAUACUAUCAGCCUCUAGCUCGAGCUCUCCACUACCUUACAAUCUCCCCUACGGGUACCAGCUUCCAGAAUUCUGAUUCUAAUGAACUGAUAUCAUCCUUAUCCAGCCCCAUCUCCUCGACUCCUCUCCUCCCUAAAUUCCGCACCUUUGCCUUCUCCUCCGCCGAGGAAGCUGCAGCUGAACGCCGAAGACGCAAGCGCCGCCUCCGUAUUGAACCCCCACUCCACGCCCUUCAGCGUAAUCCCAACCCUCCGCCUCGUGACCCCAACGCGCCUCGUCUUCCGGACUCCACCAAUGCAUUAGUGGGCCCGCGACUGAAUCUCCACAACCGAGUGCAAUCUCUCAUUCGCGCAUUCGAUCUUGAUAACGCCUCCCUUCUCGCUCGCAACGCGGUAUACACCAGAACUCGACCCACUGUGUUUACCUGCAACGCUAUUAUCGCGGCUAUGUAUCGGGCCAAACGGUAUAAUGAUGCUAUUUCGCUAUUUAAGUACUUCUUUGAACAGCAUGAUAUAGUUCCUAAUGUUGUUUCGUAUAAUAAUUUGAUCAAUGCACAUUGUGAUGAGGGGAGAGUCGAUACUGCACUUGAAAUUUAUAGGCAUAUUAUUGCAAAUGCUCCGUUUAGUCCAUCACAUGUAACUUAUAAGCAUUUGACUAAGGGGUUGAUUGAUGCUGGGAGGGUUGAUGAAGCAGUGGAUUUGUUGAGAGAGAUGUUGAACAAAGGUCACGGGGCAGAUUCUUUGGUCUUUAACAAUAUAAUUAAAGCAUUUCUAGACUUGGGAAAUUUAGAUAAGGCAAAUGAGUUUUUCAGUGAGUUGACUGAAAGGUGUUUGUGGUAUGAUGGCACAGUUAAUGCAACAUUUAUGGAUUGGUGGUUUAAGCAAGGGAAGGAUAAGGAGGCUAUGGAGAAUUAUAAGUCUUUUAUGGAUAGGAAAUUGAAGAUUCCUCCUCCAACUGGAAAUGCCCUCUUGGAGGUUCUGCUUAGGUAUGGGAAAAAAGAGGCCGCUGCAGCUUUAUUUGAGUCAAUGUUAGAUAACCAUACCCCACCCACCAACCAAGGUGUCAAUUCAGAAACUUUUAAUAUCAUGGUAAAUGGGUGUUUUAAAGAACAGGAGUUUGCUCAAGCAAUGGACAUGUUUAGGAAGGCAGGGACAAAGCCUGGAUCAAAACCUUUUCAAAUGGAUGUUGCAGGGUAUAAUAAUAUUAUAAUAAGGUUUUGUGAGAAUGAGAUGCUAUUGGAGGCAGAAAAAUUCUUCGCAGAACUAUUGUCCAAGUCGUUGUCCCCUGACGUCACAAGUUAUAGAACACUGAUUGAUGCUUAUCUGAAGGUUGAGAAAAUUGAUGAUGCUCUAAGGAUGUUGAAUAAGAUGGUACAAGCAAAUUUGUGGGUGGUGGCAACUUAUGCAACAAGGGUGUUUGGUGAGUUGAUUAAGAAUGGAAAGGCAGUGGAUUGUGCACAAAUUUUGACUAAAAUGGGAAACCGGGAUCCAAAACCAGACCCCUCCGUUUAUGAUGUUGUGGUCAGAGGACUCUGUGAAGCAGGUGCAUUUGACGCGAGCACAGAUAUACUGGAGCAAAUGAUGAGAUAUGCUGUUGGUGUUCCUCCCUCUUUAAAGGAAUUUGCAACCGAGGCAUAUACUACUGCUGGACGUAACCAAGAAAUUCAGAGUGUUUUUGAUGAAAAUAGGUGGAGGAACAUGUCAGGACCCCCUCAUGUGCAAAGGCAACCUCGAAUGCCAUGGGGUUCUCAAAUGUCCAGAGAGCAGCCAUUACGGUCACCUUCAUUGCCUGGACAAGCACCAUCAGGUCAACCUCAGAUGGCAAGACAGCAGCCAUUUGGUCACCACCAAACGGAAGGUCAACUGCUAUCAGGAUCACAUCAAGCGCCAUCAACACAACCAUUAGGUUACCAUAAUACUGCAGGACAGCAGUCAUCAUCUCAUCAAAUUGUGGGACAGCCAUCAGGGCCUCGUCAAAUGGCAGGGCAACAGCAAUCAUGGUCUUCGCAAAUAGGACAGCAGCCAUCACGGUCCUUUGAAAGAGGAGGACAGCCGUCGUGGUCCUUCCAAAGGGGGGAACAGCAGUCAUUAGCAUCCCAUAGUAUUGCAGGACAGCAGACAUCUGGACCUCAUCAAAUGGCAUGGCAGCAGUCUUCUUGGCAUGCUCAAUUUGGAGGACAGCAGCCUCCAUUGUCCUCCCAAAGAAGGGAACAGCAGCCAUUAGCAUCCCAUAACAUUGAAAGACAGCAGUCAUCUGGACCUCAUCAAAUGGCAGGGCAGCAGCCUUCUUGGCAUGCUCAACUUGGAGGACAGCAGCCACCAUUAUCCUCUCAAAGGGGGGAAGAGCAGCCAUUAGCAUCCCAUGGCAUUUCAGGACAGCAGUUAUCUGGACCUCAUCAGAUAGCAGGGCAGCAGCCUUCUUGGCAUGCUCAAUAUGGAGGACAGCAGCCACCGAUAUCCUCUCAAAGAGGGGAACAACAGCCGUUAGCAUCCCAUAGCAUUUCAGGACAUCAGUCAUUUGGAACUCAUCAAAUGGCAGGGCAGCGGCCUAGUUGGAAUGCUAAAUUAGGACAGCAGCCACCAUUGUCCUCUCAAACUGUAGAACAGCAGCCAUUAGCGUCCCAUGGCAUUGCAGGACUGCAGUCAUCUGGACCUCAUCAAAUGGGAGGACAGCAUCCUUCAUGGCAUUCUCAAUUUGGAGGACAGCAGCCAUCACAGUCCUCUCAAAUCGGAGGACAGCAGCCAUCGUGGUCCUUUCAAAUGGGAGAACAGCAGCCCUCGGGAACUACAUAUAACACCAGACAUCAGCCAUCUGCCUCCAUGCAAAUGUCAAGACAGUUUGAUCCCAUGGGAGGACGGCAGCCAAAUGGACCCUCAGAAAUGGCGGAACAGCAAUCAUCAGAACCCCUUGAAUGGCAAGAUAACCAACAGCGAGCAGCAGCCUUGCAAAGUUGAUUUGACGGAAAUUUCUGCUCUCUCAUGGUGCUAACUUUUUUUUUCUUUGGCAAUGGAAUUACUGAAUCAUUAUUUAGUGCAUUGCGUCUUGAGGUGGCUUCACAUCACUGAAGUGCAACAAUGAGGGAUAUCUAGGAUUGUGGUUACCAUUUUAUGAGCAUCUAUGACAUAUCUAUUUUAUACGUCCAUCCCAUACAAAGAUACCAAUUACUUUUGUAUUUUGACACUUCCUAUUUGUCAUUGAUGCAUAAAUUUUAAUGACAAAAUUCUCUUUGCGACCAUUGCCAAA